AUGAGUGAAAGAGCUAUAUCAACAGCCGUAUCCGACUUUGUCUUGGCUGGAUGCACUUACUAUGCAGCAAUUAAUGUGUACGAAAAAUCGUUCUACGCUGCGUGGGGUUUAAUUUGUGUCGCUGUUGCUGCAUCUCUUGGAGUGUUAAACUUUGGAAAGAUGCUCCCAAGACGUGUGCACAGUGACGUGAUUCGACUGCAUGCGUUAUUCACAUGGCUGGCGUCAUCAGUAGGUAAGAUACAAUGAGAAAAUGGUUUUCCCAUAAUAUAGAUGCUAGGGGCUGUUGUACACUCGCGUUGAGUAUAAACCCCGGCUGCUGAGCAACAUUAAGAAUGUUCAUGCAGUCCCCUUUUUUUGGGCAAGAUCGUCAAGAUCGAGCACCUUCCGGUACGGGCGACCAUCUUGGUUUCAUAUGUACCGAGGGGGCGGGCAUCGGGAUUGGGAGGGAGACGAGAAAAUCAUUUUAUAACCACUCCCCCCCCCCCCCCCCCCCCCCCCCCCCCCCCCCCCCUUUUUAAAACCCCCCCCCCCCCCCCCCCCCCCCCCCCGCAACCCACACACACAGACACUCACAUCCUGCUAAGGGUGGCAAGUUUUCGAAAUUGAGGGGUCGAAAUUUUCUUCUAAGAAGCCAAUAAAAUUUGGAUCCUUCAGACAUUUCUUUAAACAGUGCCGACAAAAAGGUGACCCUUUCAAUUAAUUUUCAUUUUUCAAAGGGCGCCAACCAUCUUUAGGGCAGUGCGAAUAAAAAAGGGAACUAUCAAGGCCAAGAAGGAGGGAAGAUGACAAUGAUGGUCAAUUGGCAGCAAGGGGGCAUUGAUGUGAAAUUUCAGCAUUCAGUAUUACAGUUUGUGUGUAUUUGGCAGAGAGGGGUCCUUUUUUCAGGGGCAUGGAACCGUAGAACCAUAGGUUUUAUUAAUUAUGUCAAAAGGGCUAAUUAACCAUUGCAUGCCAAGGAUCCUAGCGUUUUAGUGGAAAUGAGGUGGGCAAUGACUAAGUUGUGAUGGAAAUCUCAGUGCCAUUAAAUGCAUGAGAGCUUAAUUUGCAAGUUUUAAAGUCAGGUUUCCACCCCAAACAAGGUCACCUCCAACCUGACUUUCAUUCAAAAACCAGGAUAUUCAGUUCACAACUGUUAAAUAGCAUAUCAAUAGCAGGUGUGAAGGUGCCUUUUGCAUAUUUUUAGACUUAUUUCGCAGUAAACUUCAAGGGCAUCACCCCUCUCCUUCUAAGCAUACCUGGGCAGGAUAAGAGUUAUUGCAGUCACCUUACUGGGUGGCCUGCUCCUUAAACAAACCACUGCUUUCACUCCACAUGCACUUGAUGCAUGUUCAGCUCAGUUUUUAUGUGGGAAUUGGCAUUUGAUUAUUCAAAGUCUGGAGUGCAGACAAUAAGAUUUCUCCCAGGGUGUAGGCCAAAAACCUGAAAAUUUACUAAGGAUUAUACGUAUUACAGGACACAUACCUUAGUCCCGAUUUCUAUACAUAUCUGGUAAUUUUGAGAGCGUUUGAAUGGCUGUAUCUCAAUUUCAACAUAGGCUGCCCAGAAAAGGACCAAACUUGAGGAUUUUGUUAAGUUUGAUGUGCUUUUUCUCGGUAUAUGGGUCUUUUGCUGAUAACCCCAUAAUAUACAGCCUUGUACCCAGCGCCCCUUGGUUUGAAAAUAAGGCAAUGCAGGAGCAUAACCUACAGUGUAUCUUUGCAGGAAUUCCCUUUAUUGCUGCAGGAUUUUGCUUCUACCAUCACAAGCCUGCAAAUGCCACCUUCCAUUUUGUGAGUUCAGUUGGUGCAUGCUUACUCUCAUUAGUCCAUACUCCAUUAAAAGAGAAGUUAAGCAUAGUAGUGAGCAGCCUGGCAGUGAUAGGAAUAUUACUGGUAACAUUUAUUAACUCAAACUUUUCUGCUUGUGUCGGUGCCUUGGCUUAUGGACUUGCAAGUGCAGUUAAGUCAACUAAUUUUCUUGGUUUACCAGGUGUUGACUGGUUUCAUUAUGUUUUAGCUGUGGCAAAUCUUCUUCUUAUGUUUGGUUUGAUCAAGUAG